AAGCCCAGCUGUUCUUUGAAUUUGAAGUUGUGUUUGUAGUUGUAAAUAAUUGAGCUGAUUAGAAUUUGAAUGUUGUUGUGUUAAUUACCUGCCAAUUUUCCAAAACUGUAACGUGUCUCAUUAAAAUUUCAAUAGUUUUUAAGUAAUUUAUGAUCGAGUGAUAUUCAUGAUUCGCUCACAAGUGUCCAACAGAUCCAACUCAAUGACUGAAAGACGUAUUUCUGAAUCCAGUCGCACCUCUGCAGUGCGAUUCAGCCUGACUGACAUCCGUAUCAAAGACAACGAAAUCACCGUUGACCAAACCAAAGCUGAUGAAUUCAUGGUGCAUCUCGGCUUCCUCCAACACGAAGUCCGCUACAAGGUGACCAUUCCGAUUCCCAAGGAGCAGAUGCCCCUCAAGGACUGUCAGUCGUACAGCUACGUGGGGUCAGCCGCACCCCAAACGGCCGCCGGGGGGUCUGGUGGACCCCUUAUCACCCAUUUCAACCUGUCGCAUGACGCUGAUAACUUCUACUUGAAUUUUGAAAUUAGCGCCAUCACUGAGACAACGCUUACUGACGUCAUACAGCUAAGAGUCGAGAACAGCGAUGCGGUCAUCACGUUUCUGCUCACCGCUAAUGUCUUGGGCACAGGGAAAGGCACGCCACUGUUGAAAAACGGCAUCCACGUGAUUGAAGUUCCUCACCACUUGAAAGAGUGCACAGAAUAUCCGCGCACCAGAAUUGUAGAUGGCGCCACUUCCGAAGAUUCGUCGUGAUCGGUUUCAACUUUGGCCGAAGUCAGCGAAUUCUUAACUCGUCACAACAUCUAGUUACAACUUGGCUACUGAUCAGUAGAUCGGUUUCAACGAUUUGCCGAAGUCAGAAUAUGACAAUUCAUCAUGUUAAGUUACAACUACUGAACAUAUCUCCCAUCAGUACUACAGAAGUUGUGAGUCUAUCCAAACAUUUUACUUUUGUCUCCAUUAAAGAUUGGUAAAAUUAUUUGGAAGGUGUUGCGUUUUCGUUGUAGAUUAUCAAUUUAUUAAUUAUUGGCAAAAUUAUUUGAAAGGUUUUUCUUUUUUGUUAUAGAUUACUAAUCCAUAAUUAAUCUUCAAUAAUUUCUGUUGAUAUUGAUAAUGACAAAACAUUCAGUUGAUGAAUGAAUUUUUAAUCAUGAUUAUUCUAUAGCUAUGUUGACUGAUGACUGUAGUGAGAUUUACUUCAAACUGAAGUAAACAAAUAACAUUAAUGAAUGUAAGCCCUUCUCCUUAAUCAUUGGUGACAGUCUGAAGUGAAUGUCACUUUAGACUGUACUUCUAAACGAUACUGAAACACAAUCUGUGGUGAAAACGAAUUAGUUGCCCAGCAGUCAAUACCAGCAAGGCAUGGCCGUAUAUUUAACAAUCUUUUAAAUUACUAUUAUUUCUUAUACUCUCUUUUCGAGGACCCCUGUUGAAUAAACCUCACUCUGGCUUAUUUACAUAAAUUUCAUUUAUAAGAUAAUGUUGUUGAGACUAGUUUAGUAGUUUGUAAUGGUAAUUGGUUUGUAAUUCUAUUACUAUUUUCAUUAUCAAACUGUAAUGAAUUUCGGUUUACCAACUAAUUAUCACAAAUGCAAUACUAUUCAAGUCUUACAAAUUCAAACAAUUAAUUCUCCAUUGUCUCUCCAAAUGACAUCUUAAGAACUCGCCUUUUUCUGACUAUGUAUAUCAAUCUCAUUUAUAAAAUAAUGUUAUCUAUUACUUGUAAUUAUUUCUUAUUUCAUUACAAAGUUGUGAUAACUCUGAUGAACUAUUUGUAACAAUGACCUGUUGGUACGAUAAACUUACUUUGACAUAGUAAAGAAACCUAGAUUUUUAGUAUACACAAAACCAUGUCAUAUUACAAAUUGAAUGCUUCCAUUCAAUUUAUUUCUAAAUAUCUUUCAUCAGAAAUAAAAGUAAUGAUAAUUUUGCUAGACUAUUUACGUAUUACAAUAUUAAAACAUGGUAUUUGAGCAGCUUCUUCACGAAUGCCUUCCUCAUGCAGGUGCAGGCCAAGACCUUAAAUCUUAUAAGGAGAUCUUAAAUCUCUAUAAAUUUCUCCAUUUCACGUAUUUCUCCAGAACACCUCUAUUAUCAUUUCUCAAAAUAAUUUUGUAUAGGUUAGCUGAAUAUAGUUGAACAAGUAAGUUUUCCAAGAUAUUCAGUAUAUUUAUUUUUGUGGAAAAACGUUGUUGUAUUCUCCCUUAAUCUUCCUCAAUAAAUUGAUUAACAAAAAAUGUAAUCCAAUUCAAAAUUGUUGAAAUGAAUGCAUUCACAAACAUUAGAUUCGCCUCGCCAUAAAGUCAAUUACUAGUCGAACUCAUUCAAAUGCUGCCUGAAAAGAAAUUAGCAUUGGUCCUUAUGAGAGUGUUCACACAUGUGCAGAGUGCUCAAGUGUAAACACUCCCAUAAUAACUGAUAUUCAUUUUCUGCCUAUCUCCAGAAAUUAAUUAGAAACCACUUUUAGUCAAAUAUAAUAGUAAGAAGAAUUAUGAUAAUCUUGAAUCUGAAAAUUCGCAAUUUAGAUUCCAAAACUUGAUACUCAAUCUUUGAAUAUAGUUAGAGUAUAAUGCAUUUGUACUUAUUAUCUUAUUACGAUCUACAUCAACAGUAUUAUAUUAAGAAAUUAAUAAUAUUAAUAUAAUAGUAGAUAUUAUGUAGUUUUCGACCGAUGGGACCCCUAUGAUCACAAGUAUUUCUGUGUUCGGUUUUAUGAUAUCUAUUCUAAAAUGUGGGUGUUUAAAUUACAGUAUAUUAUAAAUGUAAUAAUUUAUUAAUAGUUUAAUGACUCAUCUUCAUACAUCAUGAAAUAUUUUUGAGGAACUGUUUUAAAUUGCUUUUUUGAAUAAGGAAUUCAUUCUGAAUCUUAUAUACGGAAAUAUGUGCACAAUAUAACUUAUAUUGUACUAAUAUAUUAGUACAGCUGUAGUAGAUUAUUAUCAAAAAUUAAGUACUAUCAAUAUAAAAAAAACGUCUCGUUCAUAAUUCAAAAAUUGUAAUAAUUCAUUUCAUACCUUAAAUAUGAAAAGAUGUGCACAAUAUGUCUAAAAAGUUAGUUCAUCUAGUAUAAUUAUUAUUGAAAAUGUGUUCAUAUAAUAUAUAACAUAUCAAUUAAUUUUAAAAUCCGGCGGGGCUCAAUUUGGCAGAUGCAGUGAGAUUCCCUCCUAUUUGUCAGCAUUCCUCAUAAAUACUAUCAAUGCUUCCCAUUCGAACAUUGUUGACAUUUCAAGCGCUAUGGUUAAUGUUGGGUUUAAAUUUCUUUGUCUCAGAGAUUGUUUCUUGAUAUCAAUAUGUUCGAAAAUCUUCCACAUUUCAUUUCUUUAUGAGUAUCUUUCAUAUUUUAUAAGUACAUGUUUUGUCCUACUCUUCUCUAUGCUCAAACUAUAUACUUAAAUAGUAAUGUUCUGCAAUAAUAAUUCAAUAUCACGUAUAGCUAGAUCCACUGUGAACUGUCAGCAUUGAAUAGAAAAUAUGUUAUUUAUAAAAUAUGCGAACAGUUCAAAGUGCGUCUUAUUAUAGAUAAUACUGUACGUACUCGUAGUUGGCUGUUGACUUUUAAGAGACUAUGAUGAAUCAAUAUGUGAUGAUAGUAUGUGUUACAAGUGAUACUACUUGACGUUUUAGUAACUAAUUAUUCUUGUUUUAUAUAGGAUGGCAACUUGUUUAUAGAUAUUUUUAACUGGUUUUAACAAUGAUUACAUUAUCUUUGAUCAGAAACUUAUGACUGUUGAUUGAUGCAGGACUGGCUAAUAUUAUUGGAAAUUACUGUGGAAAUCCUACUACUGUAGUUGUAAGAUAUCAGUUUUGUUGGAAUAUUAGAGUUUAAGAAUUUUGUUAAGGCUACUAUUGACAGAAUCAGUUUUACUAUAAUUGUUGAGAGUAAUUUGUGUAAAAAUUUUACUAGUUCUCAGAGAAAAUUUUAUAAAAUAUAAUUACUGCUGUUGAAGAAUUAUUUUUGAUGGAAAUUUUGACUUUCCUCUAAUCUAAUUUGCAAAAGUUAUAUUUACAUUGUAUCUCAUACUAGACUUCUGCGUUUUCCAUUAUUUGUCAAUUUGUAAAGUUCUCCAGUGUCGUUUUUCAAUAUUGAUCAUUAAUUCAACAACCCAUUCACUAAUGCAUUUUUUGCAUCAUAAUACAUGUAGUGUCAAAAGAUUCACCAAUUCAACUGAACCUCGCAGCUUCUAAUUAGUCUUGUAAAAAAUAUAUGUAUUUACUUGUUUUCAAAUUUGUUAGUUACUUUUAACUUGGUGUAAAAGUCAGUACAGUUAACAAAAUUAAUUUUUGAUUAUGAACUUCUUCCAAGUUUUGCUCAUUAGUCUGAACCAGAACUGAAGAUGUUAAAUGAUUUGCCAUUUCAGUAUUUCUAAAAAGUAAAAGGAAAUUUAGCCAUAAUAGUUUGUAUUGUUUGUCCAUUAUUUUCGAAUUUAAAAUGUAAUUAAAGCUUAUUGAUUCAA